GAUGGAUGUGCCUCCAGAGGCUUCCAAGAUGCGUGCUUGUCGGCCGCCGAGGGAGAGAAGCGCAAGCGUUGCCCUACAAGAAAAGCGUGAGGUGCCGAGCCUUGAUCAAACAAGCAGGUCCGGUGCAAUAGUGAUGUCGGCGCCACUUUCGUGGUUUGCCCCACCGCCAUCGUCUUCACCUAUUCUUACGCACGAUCCUACGACACGUUCACUACUACCACCACUGCCCCCCUGUCUCAAUUUCUCAGCUGCAGCAUCGCGUUCACCACUUUCGGCUGGCACCGACCUCGAGAAAGCGAGCUUGAGCCUCUACUUUCCACCCGCGCUGAAGAAAACGGCCUAUCCACGUCUCGAACCAGCUGGGUCCCCAAGGCUGUUCUCCGCCAUGCGCUCCAUGGUCAUACUGGCACUGUGCGUGCUGCUCACAUUCUCCCUUCAGACCAUCGCAAGGCUCACACCUGCCCAGGACGCCUCGGCAGCACAAGAGAACGACGGUCACAGCUCCUUUUCGUACCUGGCCAAAUACACUGCGCCUUCUGCCUUUCCGACCUCGGCCUUUUCGUCAUACUACCAGCCACCGAGCGGUACGACCGUGCAGCCGCGCCCGGCUAUCACGAAUGGUAUUCCGGGAAACCAAGCGGCAGGUGACUACUUCCCAGACCAGGUUGCCGCGCCGUCUUUCCUCCCGACGGGCGCACCCUCCAGUGAGGCGGUCUACCCUCUGGCAAGCGCGUCUCCCAAGCCGCCGUCCGAUGUGAGCGCUGAAGCAUUCGCGGCGCAGAUCCAGCAGGACAUCUCCACCAUCAUCGAUACACCGUCCAACGCGACCUACACCAACUGCACGCGCUGCGUCUUGGCGCUGCAGCUGGGCCAGAAGCUCGCCCGCGCCUACCCGCAACAGGUUCCUGGCGUGCUCGUCGACCUGUGCAAGAGGUAUAAAGGCGGCAAGCCCAUCGCCAACCAGGCGUGCGAGCGGCAGUACGCACCUUC